AAAAAACCCAGACAGAUUGCUCAAUACAAGAGGUGUUAUCUUCUGAUUGUGCAGUAUAUAUACAGUCUUAUCUACAUGUUCGGCCUUCUAAGGGACACGUACUUCAUAUUGUUGUGAUUGUCAAUAUGGUGAAGCUUUGUUCUGUGCUUCUGGUAUUAAUAUUUGCUACAGAAUGCUAUCAAACAAAAGCUACGUCUACUGCAAAGUGCCUUGACGGUUGGACGCAACAUCACCAAAUGUGUUACAACUUCGUCAGUAAACAAGAAACAUGGAUUGAACAUAUGCAAAACUGUGUCGCCAUUGGUGGACAUUUGGCUACUAUCAACGAUAUUACAGAGAAUAGAUAUCUGGAGGCAGAGGCGCGGAAACGACAUGCCACGUUUUGGGUAGGUGGUACUAAUAUGAACAACAAUAACACGUGGAUUUGGAUAGAAGACAAUUCAUUUGUUCCAAUGGGACCGUGCGGGAGAGGUCAUGGCUUUUGUGAGUGGAGCAGGGAUGAACCAGAUAAUUCCCAUGGUAACGAACAUUGUCUUGAACUGAACAUACACACGCAAUGGAACGACAAUUACUGUAUGGUUCUACAAGGCGCCAUAUGCGAAGCCCAACCAGUACCAGAAGGCCAUUGGAUAACUUUGGGAUAACUCUCCAAUUUUUUUGUAAACUAUGUAAUAAACUGUAUGACCCAG